AUGGAUAGUCAUGAAACAAGAACCUUGCAUCCGAGGGAGGUGCUGCGCCAGGUUGCCGACUCCAUGAAUUGGCAGCGAAAUGAACUGUCUGUCACCCUCCCUGCGCACACUACGUGGAGGGCUGCCAUCCGAGCUGCCGAAGCAGCCCUCGGCGAUAUCGAUGAACCGAUGCUUUUAAUGCCUCGUGGAACUGGGAACCGUCGAGUACUUCGGGAGAUGGCACGCCUGUCAGCUUCGGAAUCGCCCUCUGGAAACGGUUUAGGUCUCCCAAUUCGAACAACUAUCGAUCUAAAAGCAGUGGAACCCCGCCCACCGCUGAGUAUGGCAGCUCGCGAGCGUCUCCGCAAGAUGGCUGAAGAGACUGCCAAAACGGAAUUUCGAUAUCCCAACGACACCGACCCUCUCUGUAAGCUUGAAGGGAUUGAUAUGAUAUUCGAUACGGGAGCCCAUCGGACCAUUAUUGUGGAAGACCUGCUCUCCGCUUCCUUCCGGGAACAUCUCAAGGGAUCGGUUCACGAUCCAUACCGCUUGGGCGAUGGUUCUGUCCUACAGGUUAGCGUUAAUAUGGCUUUUACAAAUUGCCCUGUCGUUAUUGAAACUGUUGCCGUUAUUAUACCAAAAGCUAAGAUGCCGAACGAGCGGGUUGGAGUCUUAUUCGGACAAUCCUUUUGCAUUGAUCGACUUAGCCUUCGGAGUAUACCUCGGCGGAUGCUACUUGCAAAGGGAGUGGCGAUCUCAGAGGAAUUCUGGGGGGAUAUUGUGGCGGAGGAUUAUCUCAACCUGGACGAUGACAUUGUCUCUCUCUGA